GGUGUCCCGUUAGUUGCCUGGACCAAAAGCCUAGGGUUAGUCGCUCGGCAAUCGCUGGGGUAUCGGCACACCUUUCUUGUCGCACGUUUUGACCCCCGACUGAUCAACGGUACAGUUCCAUUAUGACAGCGGAACACUUCUGGAGCGGACGAAGGAAAUAACCAUACGAAUCAUAAAAGAUAAUCCUAGCAGAUCCUCGAUGUAAGUAAGCAAACGCCCAUGUGUAAAUCUAUUGGCGGCUAAUUUAAUUUGGUGUACGAAAGGGCGAUCACAGAGGCCCAAACAUGUCCAUGACUUUCGAGCAAGCUCUGGACCAGGUGGGCAGCUUCGGACGUUUCCAGUACUUUCUCAUCUUCUAUCUGUGUUUGCUUGUAGUGCCACUGCGUGUUAUACCUCUUUCAGUACACAUUUUUACGCUCCUCGAGCCUCCGCACUGGUGUAAGAAUCCGUACCUUGAGAUACGUGGCUACACUCAAGAACAAAUUAAAAACUAUUCAAUACCUCUGAAGCACUCCGAUCACUAUCAUUAUUCAAAAUGCAAAAUGUAUGAUUACAACUGGGAAUCAUGGGAUGCGUCUCGAUGGCCGGAGUUUAAUGACAGCUCAAAAGUGAUGCCAUGCAAAUAUGGUUACGUAUACGACUACUCAAACGUCUACCCAACUAUCAUUAGUGAGAACGAUUGGGUCUGUGGAGACACGUAUAAAGCCUACAUCGCGAACUCCGUGUUCUUUGCUUCAAUGUCCAUAGGAGUACUUGCCAUCGGGCAUAUUGGAGACAUCGUGGGCCGGGUUCCUGUGAUGUUCGUGACGUAUGCGUUGGCAGGACUCACUGGAAUUUUCACCUACUUCAGCGGAGGUUCAUUUGAGCUGUUUGUAAUCACACGGUUCGUCAUGGGAUUUGUUCUGUUGUCGAUCAGUAUCACACCUUUUGUACUCGCUGUCGAAUACGUUCCGAAGCAACGUCGGAUGUUGGUUCUCUCGGCCUUCCGGUUCGUUUACCCUGUGGUGGGAGUUUUCGUACCCUGGAUAGCGUACGCAUCCGGGUACUGGCGUACGCUCCAACUGCUCAAUGUUGUGCCAUGCUGCAUUGCCGCUCCCCUUUCCUACUUUAUACCUGAAAGUUCACGGUGGCUGCUAUCCAAAGGAAAACUAGAAGAGACCAAACAAAUUCUUCAUAAAAUCGCUCGCUGGAAUGGAAAUAGAGUAGAUCCAAACGCAUUCGACACUCUCGAACUGCCGAUUAGUGAAAAGAAAAAUCAGAUGAACGUGCUGGCUAUCUGGAAGUACCCACGUCUCCGCAGAAAUAUUCUUCUCACCUUCUUUAUUUGGGUAAAUGCAUGCCUAGUCUACUCUGCCGGACAACUUUAUGCAGCUCAGGUAACUCCCUCGCCCUUCUUGAUGACAUCAGCAACGAAUGGAGUUGAUAUUUUGGCGACGGCUGUUGCGAUGCCCUUGGCUGAUUUUUGGGGGCGCAAGCCUUCUAUGGUGCUGUUCUACAUGCUGUCAUCUGUAGCCUAUUUUGUGAUUGGCUGUCUGCCGUACGAGUUCACGAUGAUGUUCGUACUACUGAUGGUAGGACGCUUUGCGUUGACGAUGGCCUAUAAUGUUGGUUAUCUUUAUGCGGCCGAAAUAUAUCCGACGGAAAUACGUUCUCAAAUCCUUUCUGUGCGUCAGGCAUUUGGUUCAAUUGGAAAAUUUCUCAGCUCUCAAAUCGUUAUGCUGGCAUACUACGGACCCUAUAUUCCUCUACUAAUAUUUGGUGGGGUGUCGGGAUCGACUGCUUUAAUGGCAAUUCCUCUACCGGAGACGCUUCACCAAGAUCUUCCAGAAACACUUGAAGACGCGGAAAACAUGACUGGUUUGCCAAGAAGCUGCGUAUUCGCUUGUCCUGGAGCUCCUCCACCAGAAAACGUUGAGGGUGCAACUGGCGUUUCGCCAGCAGUCAGGCACCGAGCACGCACGCUCUCUGCAGUGUCUGCCGCUACCGUGGAUUCAACAUCGCCGGAAAUGUAAGGAUUUUUCAGAGCUCUAGUUUCGGGCGUCAACAACAGAAGCUGACAAGCGGACGUAGCCACCCUCAUGCUGCCUCAGCAAUCUACACGCAACUCCUCCAAACACCAACCUGCCGAAAAUAUUUGUGAUAAUGAGCUUUCAGAAAAACUGCAUUCCUACACAAUUUUGUCAGCUAUAUUGUAUCAUUUGUUAGUGUUUUCUAAUGUUUCUUUAUAGGAUCCACAACCACGCUAUAAACAGGUGAGCGCCAUGAUAGAUUUUAAAAUAAUGCGACAUACAAUUGAUAAUUGGCUCGUUUCGAUCAUAUAGACAUCGUAUAAGCCUUCUUAAACGGUCUUAACAUCAAAGAGCGAAUAAUUUACGACUGAAGUUUAUAUAUAUGGGUCCCAGUCAUACAUGGAUGCAACGUAAUGAUGUAAUUCUUAUAGCUUGGUGGGCCUCUCGUGCAGAUUUAGGUUUUCUAUUGUUUCGAAGUUCUUCUGUCGCAUCGCUCUUAGUUGGAUUCUUUAGUUAUAUGAGGUAAAAACGUGUACUCACAUCCCUGUACAUAAUGUACUAUAAAACGAAUAAAUUUCUACAUACUAAGUUGCAGUUUGCUUAUGAAUGGUAGUGUAUAACAAUGUGCUUUUUGUGAGUAACACUUAUAUUAACAGCAGAAAUAAAAAUAAUCAAGAAAUAAGUUUAUUAUAUCGCAACAUUAUUUCAAAGUACCUAACCUCAGCUCGCUUUUCCGGUUGCACGGUUUCAGCCUUUCUUAUAUAUAAAAUAGCACCUAUUUGGCAUCUCUUAUAGCAAAGUCAGUCGAAACCAAUUUUUCUUUUACAUCUUACAAGGUACCACCGGUAUCAUAUUAAUUUGAAGUCGUACAAGGGAACGCACACAUUUCUGAACAGGUGAGUACACGUUUUCAAUUCAAAUCGGCUUCUGUUUGGUCGGCCUAUGAAAAGGUAACUCUAACGGCAUCUGGCUAUGAAAAGAUUCUCGGAAAGGAGAUCAUGUAAGUGCCUCUGUCCAACUAUCCGAUAUUUAGCGAGAAAAUCUGCAGGAAAAAUGUCGGAUCGGUGCAGAGACGUCAGAUCAUCUGAUCAGUGAACUGUGUUGGUAACUAUAGUAAAUGCAUGCAGUUGCUAGCAUCAAAUCACAUUAGUGCGCUCGAUAAAGCAGCGCCACACAAAAAUAGUUUAUUUUUAUCUUUUUUAAUAUCGCCAAUCCUCUAGAUCUCAGACCUGA